CCUUUGAUUCCUUCUGUGUGCUUGCAUCGUUCUCACUACUGUAAACUGCCUUUAGAAUGACACCGUUACAAUUCAAAGAUUCUUUUUGGGGCCCAGACUUCACCAGCAACAUUGGAUAUGACACUCUUAUCCAAAGGCUAUGUGAUGGGCGACGAGCUUGCAAAGAUAUGGAAGAGCUCUUAAAAAUGAGGGCGAUGGCAGAGGAAAGAUACGGCAAGGAAUUGAUUACUAUCGCACGCAAGACAGGAGGGCAAAGUGAAAUUGGCACUCUGAAGGCAUCAUUUGACCAACUAAAAGUCCAAAUGGAGAACAUUGGAAAUUUGCACAUUCAGCUUUCUGGGAUGUUACGAGAAGAGGUGAAACGAAUGGAGCAGUUCAGAGAGAGACAGAAGGAGCAGCGGAAAAAGUUUGAAGGGGUCAUGGAAAAGGUUCAGAAGAUCAAAGUAUCAUUACAUAAGAAAACCAUAGAGUCUAAAAGGACAUAUGAACAGAGAUGUAAAGAAGCUGAUGAAGCUGAACAGACUGUGGAGAAGCUCAACAGUACACCCACUGUCACCCCUAAACAAUCUGAAAAGAUGCAAAACAAAGCAAAGCAGUGCAGGGACGUGUCUGCGGAUGCAGAGAAACAGUACAUGUCAAACAUAGAGCAGCUGGAUAAGAUUCGUCAGGAAUGGGAGACCACGCAUGAAUGCACAUGUGAGGUCUUCCAGCAACAGGAAGAUGAUCGUAUUAAUAUUUUGAGAAAUGCUAUUUGGGUCCACUGCAACCACUUUUCCAUGCAAUGCGUCAAAGAAGAUGAGUGUUAUGAGGAGGUGAGGGCAGUUCUGGAAAUGUGUGACAUCACGGAAGACAUAAACAGUUUCAUCAAGACAAAAAGUACUGGCACCACUCCUUCAGCGCCUAUUGUGUUUGAGAACUAUUAUGACAGAGAACCAACAACAGACAGCAACGGCAUCACGCGGUUUGGUGGAGGUGUGAUAAAGAGGUUUUCAAAUCUUUUGCAAGGCAAUUGUGUCGUUGGCUCAAAGACAAGUAAUGACUUUAUUCAGCCAUCAGCACCUCCAUCAGCCGACUCAGAUGGAGUGUAUGCUUCUAUUCCUGUAUUUCCACAAGGGACUUCAAACAUUGCUGUCUCUCAGAGCGCCACAUACCAGGCUCAGUAUGACUACGUAGCUCAGGGCACUGAUGAGCUCUCCAUUUCUGCGGGGGAGGUUCUGCUCGUAGUGGAUCAGGGAGGAGACGGCUGGUGGACGGUGGACAGGGACGGCCACACUGGGCUGGUGCCAGGCUCAUACUUGGCCAAGAUAUGAAUUAAGAGACUAGAUCACGCUGGUACGGCUUUCCAUGUCCUUGCACCCAAUCUAAUAGCAGUUAUUAAGGCCACUCCUUAUAAAGCGUCCCAGAGGAAGAUUUCCGUUUGCAAAAUCGCACAUCCAUAUGGAAAAUCUCUAUAGAUUGUAGUAAAUGAGUCAAAAUGGGUUAAUUUGUAUAUUAAAAACUGGUUAAUAUACACGACCAUCAUUAUUGUUAAGAUAGAGAUUUAUAUUUAUUAGAAAGUUGUUUAGAAUUAUUUAUUGUGAAUAAACGGCAUAAGAAUGUAUAUAAGAGAUGAUGACUAGGCACUACGGACUUGCCAUGAAUGUACAGAUAUUUCAUAGAAUUCAGUUUUUGGAAAGGUAAUCAAUGUGAGGUCAUGUAUUUCGAACUUUUAUACACUCUUAGAAAAAAGGUUCAAUAUAGAAGCCUGUGGGAUGGCAUAAAAUGAACAAUAAAUCUGAGUAAUGAUCAUUGCA